AUGCACCAAUUCCACAUUGAGCUCCUACAUCUGGCCCGAUGCUGGAGAUUCGCCUCCGCGGAAGGCUCGUCACCAGCGAGGAUUAUCCGCAACUCUUGUUUGGGCCAUUCUCCGGGCAACUUUCCCGGUCCCUCGCCAAGUGCCCUCCUGCUGACACCUCAUCUACAGUGUGACGGUGGUACACCCGUGUGCGCGACUUGCACUGCCGUCUACAAGACUGAAUGUCAUUACGACGCUGAGAGCGAGAGUCGUCGCACUAAGGCUACUCCGACGAUCGCAAACAGUACUGGGAUCAAGCGCGACGCCUCCCUUGUCGCCGCCUCCAGCCCUGAGAAUGUCUCGAGCGCCGAAUUUAUCGUCAAUUCGCUGAGACAUCUACCUGACGAGCAUGUCCAAGAAUUUCUCAAUCAUAUUCGAAGAGACCCCAGCCUCGACCUCACCUCUCUAGCUGAAACAUGGCGCAAGAACGUGACGUUGACGCAGAGCGAGCCCGUCGACGUUCAAAGCCUCGAGUCAGAUCUUAGUGUGCUGCUUGGGAAGCCAUCUGUUACAUCCACCGGCCAGAGCAGACACUUUGGACAUUCCGCAAGCCUAGGCCUGGUACCCGAAGAUGAGAAUUUUGGUGGCGGGCGGCUGCGUACCAACAGCGUGAAGCCAGAGCGUCAAGGGUCAACGUGGACCAACGUAACCGAUGACCUGGCUUUUGUUGAGACUCUGCUUGACCUCUAUUUCACCUGGAGUCAUCCCUUCUACGUGCUCUUCAGCCGAGAGUGUUUUUACAAGGACUUCAGAGCGGGACGCGACAAGUAUUGCUGCUCUCUACUGGUCAAUGCUAUAUGCGCAUAUGCAUGUCAUCUCACGGAAGACCCUGCAGGUCGCACGGAUCCUGACAACUUCCGUACUGCAGGCGAUCACUUCUUUGCCGAGGCCAGGCGGCUGUUAUUCGAAGAUGAAACCCCGAGCCUGACGACUGUUCAGGCGCUCUGCAUUAUGUCGAUGCGUGAGCCGAGCACAGGGAGAGAAAGUUCAGGCUUUUCCUACAUGGGAAGGUGUCUUCGUAUGUGUGUUGAGCUUGGUUUGCACUUGAACUAUGGCGCCAAUUCUGCGCUUGGCUUGACACCAAGUGAGAUCGAAGUGAGAAAGGUCACAUUCUGGGGCUGCUUCACCGUGGAUACGUGA